UAUAGUACUAUUAGUUGCUUUUGUACUUUUGCUACAUCGGUUUAAUACAUUGGGUGGACAUUAUGGUUUUUCAGUUUUUGCUUUGCUUCAUCGGUCUAGUUUCACUAGUGCAGUCAGCCGUGAUCGUCCCGUCUGCACGUGUUUUAGCUGCACCAGCAGUCGCUGCUCCUAUUGCUGUAGCUCGGCUAUCCGAUGCCACUUACGAUGUAAAUCCGCAAUAUUCUUUCGGUUACGACGUUCAGGACAGCUUAACUGGAGACAGCAAAGCUCAGAUCGAGACCAGAAAUGGAGAUUUUGUACAGGGACAAUAUAGUCUUACUGAACCUGAUGGCACUAGACGAAUUGUGGACUACACUGCAGACCCGGUGAAUGGUUUCAAUGCUGUAGUCAGAAAAGCUCCAGUGGCAGUAGCUGCCCCACUUGUAGCUGCCCCAGUGGCCCCUGCUGCUCCUCUCGUUGCCAGAGCAAUUGCUGCUCCAUUGAUUGCAGGAUAGAUGUGUUGUUAAAAUGUCUAAAGUAUUAUUGUUUUGAAUAAAUAUAUUAACGCUUGAAA